AUGAGUGCAGACUCGGACCUGGUGGUCCUCGUCUCCGCGGCGCGCACCAUCAUGGGCUCCUUCAAUGGUGCCUUAUCCACCAUUCCUGUCCGUGACCUGGGCUCAACUGUCAUCAGAGAGGUCCUGAAAAGGGCCGCUGUGGCUCCCGAAGAAGCCUUGGAGGUCACAUUUGGACACGUUUUGGCAGUAGGCUGGGGCAGAACCCUGUUCGACAGGCCAGUGUGGGUGCAGGAAUCCCCCACUCUGUUCCAGCGUGGAGCUGCCGAAUUAUCGGCAGGUCAGGCCUGCAGGCCGUGUGCCUCGCAGCCCAGUCGCACAGAUAGUUUCCUGGGCACAAGCAGGUGUGGAGCCUUUAUGGGAAUAGGACCAAUUCCAGCAAUAAAGCAAGCUGUUGCAAAAGCUGGGUGGUCACAGGAGGAUGUUGAUGUAUUCGAAAUCAGUGUAGCCUUUGCAGCCCUCUCUGUUGCAGUAGCUAAAGAACUUGGUUUAAACCCAGAGAAGGUCAACACUGAAGGAGGAGCCAUAGCCCUGGGCCAUCCACUUGGAGCGUCUGACUGUCGUAUUCUUGUCAUCCUGUUGCACGCACUGGAGCAUAAGGGUGGACAUCGUGGUGUUGCUGCCCUAAGCAUUGGGGAUGGGAUGUGA